AUGACCCCGCGAGAAAAGAAGCUCGACAUUAAAGAACAUAUCUUCAACAUCGUUAUAGACGAGAACGAGAAGGAACAACUCGAGUUUAAGAUGAAACAACAGGGUGAAAUCAUUGCAAAUCGAGAUAAGCAGAUAGAGGACCUACGAUCGGAUCUGACCGGAUUGGAACAUAAAUUGAAGAAGGAGCGUGAUCUAUUGACAAGCUCGGAAAAGGAUCGGCUGGCGGAGAAAACGAAGCUGAUCGAGUGUGUAGCGAAAAUACAGUUUUUGGAAGAAAAGUUGAAGGACAGUCAGCAGAAGCAGUGUCAGUUGAAUGAUCGCGUACGAGUACUAUCGUCAGAGAAUGGACGACUGGAGAGAGAAUUGCACGAAGCUUUUGAUAAGUUGGCGAAAGCGAAAGAAGCAAGCGAUGAUCGUGAACAACAAUUGGUCGGUGUUACCAAAAAUUUUAAUUUGUUGAAGGGAGCCUGCAACAUAACGAGAGCUCAGCUAAUUGAGAUGGAUUUCCUCGAGAAAGAAUCAAAACGCAACAUGAAGUACGCUGCGCAGAUGGAAGUUCUCCGAAAGCGCCGUACUGAGCAGGAUAACGAAGUAUUUAAGACAAACAUUGGAGGACGGGAAGUAAUAGUUACACCAAGGAGCUUGGAGAAUGCUGAAGAUGAUGAGGAUGAGGAGGAAGAAGACGAAGAUGAUGAGGGCUAUGAUAGUGAGAAGGAGUCGAACGAAUAUGGUUCCGAGGAGGAUAUUGUUUCGGAAAUUGCGAGUAGUCACAAGAACACGAGUGAAAAGGAUGCACCGGCAGGACAAAAGGAGCCGUGGCCUCCACCGACUAAGUACAAACUAGGAGAUACAGGAGUGAUUCAAAGAACCCAGAUCACUGUAGGCAAAAAUCUUAUAACCGAUUAG